GGUGAUUGUGUUGUUACAGUGUUGCUUGCUGAAGAGGACAAAGUUGCAGAUGAUGUAGUAUUUUACUUGGUAUUUUCUGGUUCCACCCUCCAUCACUGUGCAAGUACUCGGAAGGUCAGUUCUGAUACAUUGGAGACAAUUACUCCUGAAAGAUACUUUGUGGAAGAAGGAUGAUGGAUAGGAGCAUAGUUCUGGGUAUUUGAGAUCAGCGUGUGAAAACAGGAAAUACAGUGUUAAUUGUGAUGAGUGCAUUCUGCAUAUUGGAAAGAUUUAAUUCUGUGAGGCUAACAAUUCAAAAGAAAGCCUGAUUCUUUAAUAAGGCCUUACCUGUAGACAUGUGAUGUUAAAUCUUGCUGACUUGGCUCCAGCCAAGCUCUUUGGAGUGGCCUGCAGCUUGCUGCCUCCAGCCACCACUUUUGAGGUGCCUGCCAGUCUGUACACUGGGCAUCAUGGAGUCCUCGGUGUGUUUGCAUUUCCUGAAUUGGGCUCCUAGCCCCAGCAUUGCAUUAUCCUCAUGCAAACCAGGUCAUGAUUGCUGUGAGACAGUGAAGGUGCAGCUCUGUGCUUCCAAAGAGGGCCUUCCUGUGUUUGUGGUGGCUGAAGAAGACUUUCAUUUCAUCCAGGAUGAAGCAUAUGAUGCAGCUCAAUUCCUAGCAACCAGUGCUGGAAAUCAACAGGCUCUGAACUUUACCCGUUUUCUUGACCAGUCAGGACCCCCAUCUGGGGAUGUGAAUUCCCUCGAUAAGAAAGUGGUGCUGGCAUUUAGGCACCUGAAGCUGCCUGCAGAGUGGAAUGUGUUGGGGACAGAUCAGAGUUUGCAUGAUGCUGGCCCACGAGAGACGUUGAUGCAUUUUGCUGUGCGGCUGGGACUGCUGAGGUUGACAUGGUUUCUGUUGCAGAAGCCAGGUGGUCGGGGAGCUCUCAGCAUUCACAACCAGGAAGGGGCGACGCCUGUGAGCUUGGCCUUAGAGCGAGGCUAUCACAAGCUACACCAGCUUCUAACCGAGGAGAAUGCUGGAGAACCAGACUCCUGGAGCAGUUUAUCCUAUGAAAUACCAUAUGGAGACUGUUCUGUGAGGCAUCAUCGGGAGUUGGACAUCUAUACAUUAACCUCUGAGUCUGAAUCACAGUAUGAACACCCAUUUCCUGGAGACAGUUGCACUGGACACAUUUUUAAACUUAUGAACAUCCAACAGCAACUAACAAAAACAAACCUCAAGCAGAUGGACAAUCUUAAGCCCUUAAUGGUGACAGCACAGGAUUCUUCUGGUGCCCCACAGACAGAUGGCCAGUUUCUUCCCUGUGCACCAGAGCCCAUGGACAGUCAGCAACUUUCUUCUCCUGAAGAGACGGAGAGCUCUCAGUGCUGCCCAGGGAGCUCUGUUGCACAGACUGAAAGUCCCUGUGAUUUGUCAAGCAUAGUUGAGGAGGAGAAUACAGACCGUUCCUGUAGGAAGAAAAAUAAAGGCAUGGAAAGAAAAGGGGAAGAGGUGGGGCCAGCACCUAUUGUGGACUCUGGAACUGUGUCUGAUCAAGACAGCUGCCUUCAGAGCUUGCCUGAUUAUGGAGUAAAGGGCACGAAACGCCGUUUGUCUUGUGGAAACAAAAACGAAGAAACUGGAACAAAAUCUUCUGGAAUGCCCACAGACGAGGAGUCCUUGAGCAGUGGAGAUGCUGUGCUGCAAAGAGAUGUGGUCAUGGUGCCAGGCACAGCCCAGUAUUCCUCUGCAGGUGAACUGGCAAGCAUUUCAACAACAGAUGUCGGUACCCCAGAGAGUGCAGGGGAAGCGGAACAUGGGCUCAUGAACCCAGAUGCCACUGUCCAGAAGAAUGUGCUUCAAGUAGGGGAGAGUACAAAGGAUAAUAUGGGCACAGCUGGAGCCUCUGACAUGCAAGUCACAAGUAAGCCUGUGGAUAAAGUCAGUGUCCCAAACUGUGCCUCUGCCACCAGUUCCCUGGGUGGUAACAAACCUGCUGAAUCCUCACUUGCAUUUAGUAAUGAGGAAACCUCCAUUGAAAAAACAGCAGAAACGGAAACUUCACGAAGUUGUGAGGAGAGUGUUCAUGCCCCAGUAGAACAGAAUUCUGUGGUGCUUCCAGCUGCUGCAAAAGACAAGAUUUCAGAUGGGUUAGAACCUUGCACUGUCUUAGCAGGCAUAGGUGAAGCAACGUCACCCUCAGAUUUAGCCCUUCCCAGGCUGGAAGUAGAUGUAAUGCCACACCAGAACUCAGAAAUAAAUUCAUCUCAUGCUCAAAGCCAAAAGGGCAAAUCUUCACCCAUUUGUUCUACAACUGGAGAUUAUAAACUUUGCUCAAACUCCGCGUGUCAACAGAACACAGUGACUUCUAGUGGCGAGUUGGUUGCACAACUGUGUGAUAAUAUAGUUAGCCAGCCCAAAAGCACCACAGCAAGGCAACCCAACUCACAAGAUCCACCCAAGGCCACCCACUGUGAAGACCCACAGGCUAAUACAAUCACCUCUGACCCGGUAAGGGAUACCCAGGAACGUGUGGAUUUUUGUCCUUUCAAAGUGGUGGAUAACGAAGGCCAAGGAAAAGAUGUGAAAUUCGAUAAAUCUUUAGCAAAUAUGCUUGAGGUGCCUUCACAUCCACAUCCAGUUGUCCCUAAAAUGGAGAAAGAACUGGUGCCAGACCAGGCAGUAAUAUCAGACAGUACUUUCUUUCUGGCCAACAGUCCAGGCAGUGAAUCAGUAACCAGGGAUGACGCACUUUCUUUUGUCCCCUCCCAGAAAGAAAAGGGAACAGCAACUCCUGCGCUACAUGAGGCUACAGAUUGUAGAGAUGGCCCAGACGGAGAUGCGAAUGAUCCUGAUACGCAGCCACUAGAAGACAGGGCAGCAGGCCUGUCCCCAUGCUCCACUGUUGCAGAGCUUCAGCUCGUGAUGGGGAAUACCAGUCUCACCAGACUUGGUGGAGAACAUGAGGGUCCCGCCCCUUCAGCAGCUCCGGAAGUUCUGAGUAUCAAGGGGGACACAGACUCCUCCCUGCAAAAUGCGGGUAAGGCCACUUUGGCUUUAGAUUCAGUUUUGACUGAAGAAGGAAAAAUUCUGGUGGUUUCAGAAAGCUCUGGAGCUCAGGAACAAGAUAAGGAUAAAGCAGUGACCUCUUCCUCCAUUAUGGAAAAUGCUCUUUCUUCAGGAACAUUGCAGGAGGAGCAGGGAACACCAUCUCCUGAACAAGAGACUCCACGAUUUCAUGAAAAAUCUAUCUCAGCCGCCUCUGCCAAGGACGAAGCACUUCAGCUAAGCAAUUCACCGGGUGCACCCUCUGCCUAUCUUAAGGCAGAAACUGAACAUAACAAGGAAGUGGCCCCACAAGUCUCACUGCUAACUCAAGGUUGGGCUUUCCAGAGCCUGGUGCUACCAGGAACAAGUCUGGGUACAAACUCAAGGCAGGAAGCCUUGGGUGCAGAGCAGAACAGCUCCACUCUGUUGCAGUGUCUGUUGCCAGAUGGGUGUGAUUGGUCUGAGGCUCUUAAUUACAGUCAGCCUUCUCCUCUGGAUGACGAAGUGAAGAACACUAAAUGCCAGGGAAAACCUAAUAUUAGUUCCUGUGAGGUGAGUGGAAAUGUGACCAUGGAUAUUACAGGGUUUAAUGAUGUACAAGAUACAGCUGAGCCCAGAAGAAAGAGUGUGUCACACAACACCCAAGACAUCCUGAUUCCAAACGUCUCGUCGAGCCAAGAGAAGAAGGUCAUCCUGGGUUUGCCAGUAGCUUUACAAGACAAAGCUGUGACUGACCCACAGGGAUUUGGAACCCCAGAGAUGGUACCUCUUGAUUGGGUGAAAGGGAAGCUGGAGGGAGCAGACCACAGCUGUAACACGGGCGACUCUGAGGAAGCCCGAAUAGACAAUGAAGCACAUCCUGUCCUACUGCAGCCUGCUGCCAAGGAGCUCCCCACAAAAAUGGGGCUCUCAGCCCAUCAUGAUGGGACCCCAGCUGGCAAGAGGGAAGUUAUGCGAGGCCCGCCUUCAGACAGGGGAAGGAGCACUCCCUCUCUACCUUGCUUGGUCUCUGCCCAAGCUGCACCUUUGCCUAAGGGAGUGGACUUGAUAGAGGAGGCUGCCAGCCGUAUAGUGGAUGCCGUCAUCCAAGGAGUCAAGGCCGCUGGAGCACUGCUUACUGAGGAGAAGGCCUGUCACGUGUCAGCGUCCAGCGCUGAGUUGGAUCCUCUCACUGAAGGGCUAGAGAAUGCUUCUACAGAAAAAGUGAGUGCUUUCUCGCCUGGGGAGAGCCUGCCAGUGGGCAGUACUCAUGAGGAAGCCACGGGGAGCCUUGGAGGCUGUUUUGCUGGAGGGGAGGAGCCAGAGAAGAUUAUUCUACCUGUGCGAGGGCCUGAGGCAGCAACAGAAAUGCCAGACGUGAAAGCUGAAGAUGAAGUGGAUUUUCUGAGUAAUACCAGAGCAAGUUCAGUUUCUGAAGAAGUGGCUGUAUGGAGCGUACCUGCUACGCCGAAGACGAAGCAAGGCCCAGUGGCCCAGGCGAUAAACCGAGAAAGCUGGUGUACAAUAGAUCCGUGCCCUGAUGCGGCAUCUCUUUUGGCUUCCAAGCAGAGCCCAGAAUGUGAGAACUUCCUGGAUGUUGGACUGGGCAGAGAGUGUACCUCAAAACAAGGUGUACUUAAAAGAGAGUCUGAGAAUGAUUCUGCCCUCUUUCACUCAUGCAGUGAUGAAAUGGACAGCAUCAUCUUCCCAAAGCCUGAAGAAGAGCAGUUGGUCUGUGAUAUCACCGGAUCCAGUUCAUCUACCGAUGACACAGCUUCUCUGGAUCGACAUUCUUCUCAUGGCAGUGAUGCGUCUCUCUCCCACAUUUCAAAGCCAAGCAAGUCCAGAGAUCGGCAAAGCCUUGAUGGCUUCUACAGCCAUGGGAUGGGAGCUGAGGGUCGAGAAAGUGAGAGUGAGCCUGUUGGCCCAGGCGACAUGGAGGAGGAGGAGAUGGACAGUAUCACUGAAGUGCCUGCAAACUGCUCUGUUCUGAGGAGCUCCAUGCGCUCUCUUUCCCCCUUCCGGAGGCACAGCUGGGGACCUGGGAAAAAUGCAGCCAAUGAUGCUGAAAUGAACCACCGGAGUUCAAUGCGAGUUCUUGGGGAUGUUGUCAGGAGACCUCCCAUUCAUAGGAGAAGUAUGAGCUGGUGCCCCCCUGGUGUGCAGUACUCUGCUGGCCUGAGUGCUGACUUUAAUAACAGAAGUUUCAGUCUAGAAGGCUUGACAGGAGGAGCUGGUAUCGGAACCAAGCCAUCCUCAUCUCUAGAAGUAGGCUCUGUAAAUGCCAAAGAACUCAGACACCCUUUCAGUGGUGAGGAACGGGGUGACUCCUUGGUGUCACUUUCAGAAGAAGAUCUAGAGUCAGACCACAGAGAACAUAGGAUCUUUGAUCAGCAGAUAUGUCACAGAUCUAAGCAGCAGGGAUUUAAUUACUGUACAUCAGCUAUUUCCUCUCCAUUGACAAAAUCCAUCUCGUUAAUGACUAUCAGCCAUCCUGGAUUGGACAAUUCACGGCCUUUCCACAGCACCUUCCACAAUACCAGUGCUAAUGUGACUGAGAGUAUAACAGAAGAGAACUAUAAUUUCCUGCCACAGUGUCCCUCCAAGAAAGAUUUUGAAGGGAAGAGUGGAACAAAAGUGAGUCGUACAUUCAGCUACAUCAAGAAUAAAAUGUCCAGCAGUAAGAAGAGCAAAGAAAAAGAAAAAGAAAAGAUUAAGGAGAAGGAGAAAGAUUCUAAAGACAAAGAGAAAGAUAAGAAGACUCUCAAUGGGCACUCUUUCAGUUCCAUUCCUGUUGUGGGUCCCAUCAGCUGUAGCCAGUGUACGAAGCCUUUCACCAACAAAGAUGCCUACACUUGUGCAAAUUGUGGUGCAUUUGUCCACAAAGGCUGCCGAGAAAGUCUAGCCUCCUGUGCAAAGGUUAAAAUGAAGCAGCCCAGAGGGAACCUUCAGGCACAGGACACAUCAUCACUGCCCACGGUCAUUAUGAGAAACAAGCCCUCACAGCCGAAGGAGCGUCCUCGGUCCGCAGUCCUCCUGGUGGAUGAAACCACUACCACCCAGAUAUUUGCUAAUAGACGGUCCCAGCAGAGUGUCUCGCUCUCCAAAAGUGUCUCCAUACAGAACAUUACUGGAGUUGGCAAUGAUGAGAACAUGUCAAACACCUGGAAAUUCCUGUCUCAUUCAACAGACUCACUAAAUAAAAUCAGCAAGGUCAAUGAAUCAACGGAAUCACUUACUGAUGAGGGAGUAGGUACAGACAUGAAUGAAGGACAACUACUUGGGGACUUUGAGAUGGACUCCAAACAGCUGGAAGCAGAGUCUUGGAGUCGGAUAAUAGACAGCAAGUUUCUAAAACAGCAAAAGAAAGAUGUGGUCAAACGGCAAGAAGUGAUUUAUGAGUUGAUGCAGACAGAGUUACAUCACGUUCGCACUCUCAAGAUCAUGAGUGAUGUGUACAGCCGGGGGAUGAUGACGGAUCUGCUUUUUGAGCAGCAGAUGGUAGAAAAGCUGUUCCCCUGUUUGGAUGAGCUGAUCGGUAUCCAUAGUCAAUUCUUUCAGAGGAUUCUGGAGCGGAAGAAGGAAUCUCUGGUGGAUGAAAGUGAAAAGAACUUUCUCAUCAAGAGGAUAGGGGAUGUGCUUGUAAAUCAGUUUUCAAGUGAGAAUGCAGAACGUUUAAAGAAGACAUACGGCAAAUUUUGUGGGCAACAUAACCAGUCUGUAAACUACUUCAAAGACCUUUAUACCAAGGAUAAGCGUUUUCAAGCCUUUGUAAAGAAGAAGAUGAGCAGUUCAGUUGUAAGGAGGCUUGGAAUUCCAGAGUGCAUAUUGCUUGUAACUCAGCGGAUUACCAAGUACCCAGUUUUAUUCCAAAGAAUAUUGCAGUGUACCAAAGAUGAUGAAGUGGAGCAAGAAGAUCUAGCACAGUCCUUGAGCCUGGUGAAGGAGGUGAUUGGAGCUGUAGACAGCAAAGUGGCAAGUUAUGAAAAGAAAGUGCGUCUCAACGAGAUUUAUACAAAGACAGAUAGCAAGUCGAUCAUGAGGAUGAAGAGUGGACAGAUGUUUGCCAAGGAAGAUUUGAAACGGAAGAAACUCAUACGUGAUGGGAGUGUGUUUCUGAAGAGCGCAGCAGGAAGGCUGAAAGAGGUUCAAGCAGUUCUUCUCACUGACAUUUUAGUUUUCCUUCAAGAAAAAGACCAGAAGUACAUCUUUGCAUCAUUGGACCAGAAGUCAACAGUGAUCUCUUUAAAGAAGCUGAUUGUGAGAGAAGUGGCACACGAGGAGAAAGGUUUAUUCCUGAUCAGCAUGGGGAUGAAAGAUCCAGAGAUGGUGGAAGUCCAUGCCAGCUCCAAAGAGGAACGAAACAGCUGGAUUCAGAUCAUUCAAGACACAAUCAACAUGCUGAACAGAGAUGAAGAUGAAGGAAUUCCUAGUGAGAAUGAAGAAGAAAAGAAAAUGUUGGACACCAAAGCCCGAGAAUUAAAAGAACAACUUCAACAGAAGGACCAACAAAUCCUACUCUUGUUGGAGGAGAAGGAGAUGAUUUUCCGGGACAUGGCUGAGUGCAGCACUCCCUUGCCAGAGGAUUGCUCCCCAAAGCAUAGCCCUAGAGUUCUCUUCCGCUCCCACACAGAAGAGGCUCUCAAAGGAGGACCUUUAAUGAAGAGUGCAAUAAAUGAAGUGGAGAUCCUUCAAGGUUUGGUGAGUGGAAGUCUAGGAGGCACACUUGGGCAGACUGUCAGCAGCCCAGUUGAGCAAGAAGGUGUGGUUGGUCCUGUUUCCCUGCCCCGGAGAGCAGAGACCUUUGGAGGAUUUGACAGCCAUCAGAUGAAUGCUUCAAAAGGAGGCGAGAAGGAAGAAGGAGAUGAUGGCCAAGAUCUUAGGAGAACGGAAUCAGAUAGUGGCCUUAAAAAGGGUGGAAAUGGUAACCUGGUGUUUAUGCUUAAAAGAAACAGUGAGCAGGUUGUCCAGAGCAUUGUUCAUCUCCACGAGCUCCUCAGCACUCUGCAGGGUGUGGUGCUGCAGCAGGACAGCUACAUUGAGGACCAGAAGCUGGUGCUGAGCGAGAGGGCUCUCACCCGAAGCUUGUCCCGCCCGAGCUCCCUCGUUGAGCAGGAGAAGCAGCGCAGCCUGGAGAAGCAACGCCAGGACCUGGCCAACCUGCAGAAGCAGCAAGCCCAGUACCUUGAGGAGAAGCGCAGGCGUGAGCGCGAGUGGGAAGCUCGUGAGAGGGAGCUUCGGGAGCGGGAAGCCCUGCUGGCCCAGCGCGAGGAGAAGGUGCAGCAGGGGCAGCAGGACCUGGAAAAGGAGCGGGAGGAGCUCCAGCAGAAGAAGGGCACAUACCAAUAUGACCUGGAGCGACUGCGUGCUGCCCAGAAACAGCUCGAGAGGGAGCAGGAGCAGCUGCACCGGGAGGCAGAGCGGCUCGGCCAGAGGCAGGCGGAACGGGACCUGUGUCAGGUUUCCCAUCCACAUACCAAGCUGAUGAGGAUCCCGUCGUUCUUCCCCAGUGCUGAGGAGCCUCCCUUGCCGUCUGCACCAUCCAUAGCCAAAUCAGGGUCAUUGGACUCAGAACUUUCAGUGUCCCCAAAAAGGAACAGCAUCUCUUGGACACACAAAGAUAAGGGGCCUUUUCACAUACUGAGCUCAACUAGUCAGACAAACAAAGGAUCAGAAGGACAGAGCCAGGCCCCUGCACCCACCUCUGCCUCUACCCGCCUGUUUGGAUUAGCUAAGCCAAAGGAAAAGAAGGAGAAAAAAAAGAAGAACAAAACCAGCCGCUCUCAGCCUGGUGAUGGUCCCACAUCAGAAGUAUCAGCAGAGGGUGAAGAGAUCUUCUGCUGACCCUCCUCUCUGCUGAGGCAGCUGCCUCCUGGUCCUGGCCAGCCCACCUCUCCUGCUGUCCCCACAUGCACAAGUCUCUUACACUGGACGCCCACUGCUCCUCAGCGUCCAGUCCUCCUGGGCGGCCCCAGGUCCUGGACAAGAAGGAACAGAUGAUCUGAGUGUCAGGGUGGGGAAGGAGGCCCAGACUCUGCUGUGGCUGUGAUUUGUGACUGCCCAGGACUCUCAGGUUGGGCUGGCCCCACUCAGGAUUACACUGAAAGUAGUGGCUCGUAAGUACAGGUGAUGGUUUUGGACACGUCAGGAAUUUCUAAAGACUGAAAGAGCAUUUCCAAGUAAGGUCUGGAACUCUGCCUGCCGUUAAUUUGGGGGAACACAAAACCAAAGAGCAGAUGUCCCAGACUUGACCUGUGUACACACCCGGGGACCUGUCUGCAUACACAUGUGGGGAAUGCCACAAGAGGGCCCGGUCUGCACCAGCCAUCUGUUCAGCUUAGCUCAGCACAAGGGCAGUGCCUGGACUGACCCAGAGCCCCUGCACAUCAGUACUUCACCCAGUAAUCCUAUGAGGUUGGUUUCCCUCUAAGCCUACUCCGUGCAUAUAUCACCCCUGUUUUGCAUGUAUUUCUCAUUUCUGGGAUGACAGACAUUUGUGAAACAGUGAGAGGGGGUUUGAUGUAUAUAAAAUCACGUGGUCUGCACCACCUUGAUCUCGGUGUUUCGGGCACUAAAGCAACAAAAAAAAACCCAUAGUAUCUCAUUUCGUCAUCAAAUCCCAAAAAAAUAGGCUGGUUUUCCAGGAUGUUGACCCACAUGAUUUGGCCACAGAUUAAAGUGAAGAGGCCUAGUCACCAUUAUCCCUGCAGCAUGACAUUUUGGUUGUCACUGACCUACCACUCAGAAGAGGCCGCGGCCUCCUGGCUGUGAGCCCCACCCCCCCAUCUCGGUUCUCCCAGAUAGCAGCCGCCGGGCCCUUGCUGGGUGAGGGCACACCCUGUAGGCCCACCACCACCAGGGGCCAGCCUCCCACCCAGGACAGGCAGAAGCUGUGCUCUGGAGCUAGGACAGCUGGCUGAGAAGUGGGUUCAGGUGAAGGGUUAAGCCAUGUGUAGCAGGUCCUUCUAGGACAGACCUGGACAGGAGCUGAUCUGGGGGGUGUGGUUGUGAAAGUGCCCUUUUUAUGUUAGGAGGCCUUGGCAAAAUUGGAUUUCUUCAAAAAUGUUUUCAAUCUAAUGAGCUGUUGUUGAACUGUACUCUGCCCCUGAAAGAGGCCGCAGAUGCUGCCUGCUGCUUGGCUUGGCUUUUGCUUUCCCAACAUGUUUUGAUCUGUGUUCGCUUGAGGCUUUCCCCAGCUGGUAUGUGCAGGACAGUUCAUGGUGACAUUUCCCUCUGAGCCCCGGACACCAGAAGGGAGGCCGUGAAAAACUGUGCUUCAAAUGUGGCCUUCAGUUCUUGCUUUUUUGCCCCUCAGAAGCAUGGGGCUUUGAGCACACUUAGAAAAAUCUGUAACUUGGUGCUUAUUGAUUAAUUGCAAGCUGGCCUUGCAGAUGGAGAUAUUUAUCUUUCUGUUUAUUUGAAAGAGGUCUGGUUUGGAAUUUUUAGUCUAAAUUUGUUUUAUUUAUUGUAUGUGUGUGUUUGUGUUUUUCUUUUCUAAGGGUGAACCAGGACUAGCCCAAGAGUCUAAACUUACCUGAUCAAUGCCCAGUGAAGUUAACAGCCAGCGCCUAACUCUGUGUCUUUCCAAGUGCCUUGAAGGCCCAGAUGAAAUUUUAAGGGGAGGGGUCCAUGUCCUUCCCUCCUCCACCCCAUCUUGUUCUUUAACCAAAGGAUGUCUUCUCCCUUGUUUGAGAAUGAAGAAAUUUGCUACCUCUGAGCUACCUUUGCCUUUUUUUUUUUUUUUUUUUGGUCAUGGAGAAUUCCUACCCUUUAAAAACGUACUUCAAGGCCAAAACCUGCUGAUUUUUCUGUUGAAAACAUGUCCCCUUGUAAAGACCCUAAACAGAAAGUUAAGUUGCUUUCUUUCACCAAUCCAUGCAACUCCAAGUUACAGCUGAAACUGUUGUGACUUUCCUCAGAUCUACCACGGGGCUUGGCUGUCUGUUCUGGUCACUGGCUCUGAGUUCCCCUCCUGGGGUUCGCAGGAGGGCGAUACUGAACCCGCAUUCAUUUCGUUGUAGAUGUAGGCUGGGUGCCCCUGUCCUCCGGGUUUGGAACAUUAAGGGGUUGGUGCUGAUUGGAUUUACUCGCAUACCUGCUCUUCACAAAAACACCGUGAAUACUCACUGAAGUUAGAGCGUGUGGCCACAGAGCUUGACUUCUGUGUUAGAGUGUCUUUUACCCGCCAGCUGCGAUGUUUCCCCUGCCUUGGUUGUUUUAGCAGUUUUUAAAAAUGGAGAUUUCACCUCUGUCCAGACCCCACUAACUUAAAUCGAUUUGCUCAGGUUCUGGUUGGACAGGUUUAAAAUCAGAAGGGUAGGUAGUGCCCGGAAUUCCCCUGAGCCACCCGCCUUCAUCCAGGAAUAGUCUGCGGUGCAGAAAGAGAUCCACUUACCAAGAACUGUGCUCACAUACCUUUGUCAUCUGCUUCUUCCUUGGAAGUUGUCCUCAAGGGGAUUUCUUCGUGUGCUCGGGAUUUAACUGGGAUGGUGGCUGCCUGUGCUUUUGCUCAUGACCUUGACAGUGCUGUAGUUGCUGGAUCUAAUGGCCUGUCUUGGUUUCUCUCACAUGAGAAGGGGUUGUUUUCUGGGGUGACUCAGACUGAAUUCCCCAUACUGUUCCCACACCAGGAUGCCAUAUUCUCCAAGCUAAACAAAUCAGAUGCCUGAACUUGUGCUUAUUUUUGGGGGAAAGAUGGAAUUACUAUCCAGAGUCCCCAGAUAUCCAGAAUCGAGUGAACUUCGUGGAAGGAGGCUGCAUCUUCUCUCCAUUCCAGUCAUCUCAGUCGUCAUCCCAGUUGGGUGACACGUGCACUUUAAACGCUCUCCUCGGUUGGUUUCAUUUUCCAGACGAUCAAAUGUAUUGGCUGUGUUUUCUUAGAAAAAUGCAGAGGGUUAAAAACAUGUACACUGCCACAUUCAACCUUUGCCAGUAUUUCUUCUGCCCCCGUGAGAGCUUCCGAAGGGAAGAAUCCUUACCAAGAUUUGUUUUGGAAAGGUACGAAUCUUACCUUUUUUCCCCUCAUGUCUCAGGGUAAUACUGUUGAGUCACCUCGUUGCUAAUUUUCACCGCUUUGCUAUUUGUUACCUUUCUUAGGCCUCAGUAUUUGUCGUGAACACAAAGUUUUGAGACCCUUGGCUUUGUGACUUCUUGUGGGAGGGGAGGUGUUAGUGUGUGCAAGGAUCCAACCUGAUAAGCCCUGCCUUAGUACAGGGUGGGACCACGCCCUUAGGGGCCGGAACUGGAUGCCGAAGUUGCUGUCCACAGAAGCGCUUUCAUCAUUUUUGUCUCUAGGGCUCUUUUUCCCUUCAGGUCUUUCUUCCCAAGGAUGUUGGUAUUUGCAUUGGAGUUGAGGUUUACUGUAAUGAUGGGUGGUCCGUCUGUGCCCAGAGGACAGCCAGGCCCUGGGAGGUUUAGAAAGUCCUGGUGAAUGGGCUUCCGUGGUCACAAGGAGAGUGGCUGUGAGGUGACGAUGUCCACCCUCUGCGGUUGGAUGUCCUUGGAAUGCAGGAGCCGUCAGCUAACACUGUGGAUGAAAGGGGGGCGGCAGCUGUGGAGAUCUAUGUGCCUUGCCUGUCUUCCGCAGGACCGCCUAGGUGUGCGGCCACCUCCAGGCAUGUCCCAGCCAGCCAGCGCCCUCAACCUCAGAGACGAAGAAGAGGGCAGAGAGUUUGGGCUUAGAUCUGAACUUUCAAUGUAGCAGGGCAUUCCUAGUUCACCAGAGCCUUAGAGUCCACUGCCUGCUGGCCAGGCUUUACAAUGAAAAGUAUUUUAAUGCUGCCAUAAGUGGGAAAAAAUUAAAAGGAAGGUAAAAUAAAGGCAUCUUUCCAAGUACUCAUCUAAUUUGUCAAAAGAUUGACAGGCCUGGAAGUGGGCAACCUUCCACACUAGUCCCCUGCCUUCAAAGUGUGUGACCUGCCCUACUACCAGGUGGGGCCACCUGUGCUGCAGUCCCAAGGGGCUUCUGCAGGAAGCACUCACCCCACCCCUUCCGCGGCGUCAAAUUUUCUGCCUUUUCGCACCGGAGGCCGUGGGCAGUCCCUGUGCACUGGCCCUGGGGUGUGCCUGGUGAGUUUGCCUGUGGUUCAAGCUUAGCCCCUGGUCUCCUGUGCUCUGCCACCCGUGUCAGGUUCACAGGGGAGAUAAGGGGAGGAGGGUGGUUGGGACACCCCAGAUACCUCUGCUGUCACUGCUUGUUUCCAAAUGAUCUAUGGGCACUUCCGUGCUAAACCUAUUAAAUAAAAAGACGGGUUAAAACCCAGAUGCUGUAUAUUAAUUUGUAAUUAUGUAUAAAGUGAAGCAGUUUUAAACUGUAAAGGUUUUUUUCAUUGUUUUCUGGAAUUUGCCACAGCAUACUGGCUUUGUAUUUUAUUUCUAGUUAUCAGCUUCAGACUCUUGUAAAGUCCCCCUCAGCCCUUUCAGACAAAAUAAAUUCCCUGUGGAAUCUUG